GCAGAAUUGGUUUGAGGAUGAUCCCUGUCGGCGCUGCCCCGGUGAAAGAGUCCCUCGUGUCAAGGGUCGACAAGGUAAUGGAACGCUGGAAAAAAGCGACCGCUCCAAUGAAGGCGAAGUCGAGUCAUGAGUCCAUUCCACAUGCAGUGCAAGCUCCCAAGGACGUGUUUACACAAUGCCAUCCGAACAACCGUGCCGACUUCCAGGCGCGGGUAGACACGUAUUCAUCGCUGUACUGGUUUGCCAAGCCUGCCGAGUUGAAUCUCCUCACGUGCGCUCGCUUUGGAUGGAUCAAUACUGGUCCCGACGAACUGGCGUGCAAGUGCUGCCAUCAAACCGUGUUGUGCCGCAUCGACUCGCGACUGGGACCCGAGGGCGCCAGGAAGGUUGCGGAAGGGUUGCGUGGAUACCUCACAACGCAUCACUUGGACACAUGUCCAUGGAAACACAAUCCAUCGCCCAAAUCCUUUGCCCAGGUCAACUUUUGGACUCCGGAGAGCGCAUUAGCAGAAGUGCAUGCGACCAUUCAACUCGGCAUCACUGCAUGGCAACUCCAUCGUCUGAGCUUGCCCAUUCAACUCGACGAUUCAUUCCAGGCAGACCUGCAGCAUCAUUUGGCCGUACCGACACUGCGCGACGUGGAUGAGGUGCUGACGGCACUCGUCCGUCAAGUCGACCCCGACUCGCGUGUCGAGGAUGCCGAUGCAGUGGUUGUGGCAUGCCUCGUUUUGUGUGGGUGGAAACCAGCCAUCACAACACUUGGGAAGACGAGCAGUGGUGGUGCGGUACCUCUUCGUUGUGCGCAGUGCAAUCGAACAUGGGCCUUCCCAGUCCAGGACGCUGCGGACGAAUCUCGUGCUGCGCAUGCGCAUGAUGUCGACGGAACUCCUUUCCCCAAGCGCGUCAAGAGGAGUCCUUCUGUGGCAAAGCUCCACCCAUUGCAUGAGCACAGAUGGUGCGUCUAGCCAGGUCUGCGGCUUUACGCCAUGCUCACGGGUUGCAGGUACUGCCCGUGGCUUCGACCAGCACAUCAUGGAGAUCAAGACGACCAUGUUGACGUCCCUGGGUGGUUGCAGUGUGUUCAGGCGGUGAAGGCGACUCUUCAUGACACGAGCGCAUCGGCAGACAAGGCGGUGUCUACACUCGAACACGCGGCGCAGUCGCAAGGCGACGGCGACAAGAAGAAACUGCCGGCCGCCGCUCUCGCUGCCGUGAAAGCGCUGCUGGACUUUACCUAGCGACGAUAGUUGCAAUAUAAAGGCCGACGUUCAUCGCUUAUCUCUUCAUGUACUCGUUUUCGUUCGGCUCGGGGGGGUAAUCCACAGCUUUGAAAUACGCUUGGGACGCUACAAACUGUUCAAUG